AUGGGAUCUAUCGGCUUCUUUAGUUUGGUUGCGCUACAGCCAGACAAAAGACAUGUGCAUCCAACAUGCGCUCUGUCGGCUUAUCUGAACUGGCAAGCUGCUAUGGGAGUUGCUGUACAACUCAAGCAGGUACCAUGGUACAAAGGGGCACCCCAAAGGAUGUUAUACACGUUUGCGCAUGUGUGUGUGUGUCUACAUAUAUACGCUCAUACAGAUGCUGAUACAGAGAGAGAUCUGGGAGGGGUCAUUUUCUACAUUGCUUGGAGACCCGGGAGUAGCACAAGGUACGGCACUACAGAAAAGCGCCCCAGAAGUUGCUUCCGCCUCGGAUACUCAAACAAACGACUAUCUGCCAUGGCCCUUAGCGUGGUGCGUCCGCGCCGGCCGAAAACCUACCGCAGCACUCCGCUAGGUUGCUUCCGCGAACGGCUGCCUUUGGAUGGGCACUGCAUGCAGGACAUCUUGCUGCAAGCCUUCUACCCUGCUGAGGCUGAUGCCGCACCAAUGCGGGCGGAGGUGGAGCCCUUGAUCCGUGACGAAAUUUUGAAGGCGUUUUCGGCAUACAAAGGCAUCCCCCUCCUGGCGCUCCGAAGCUUGAUUGGCGGGAGCAAGCUACCGGACAGAGCUCGACCUCCUGCAAGUCCGGAGGGGGGCGGGAAGUGGCCAAUUGUUGUGUUCUGCUCGGGGCUUUGGGGCUCUUGUGAGAUGUACACUCAGUUCUGCCGAGAUGUGGCUUCGCUGGGCAUGAUCGUCCUGGCGAUGGAGCAUGCAGACGGGAGUAGCAUCCUUGCUACCUCUUCUAGUGGGGAGAAAAUCCACUACAAGGAGCCCCCCAAAAACAUCACGCGGGAGGAGUUGGUGGAGUUCCGUGCUCCACAGUUGGAGUUUCGACUGAAGGAGCUCAUGGCUACGGUGCAAGCUAUCCAGGCCCUGUCGCGGUCCAGUCCGACAGGCCUGCCUGGGCCCAGCUUGUUGGCACGCGUGCUGCGCAGCGGUGAUGCCGAAGACCUGACGUUGAUGGGUCACUCAUUCGGAGCUAGUGCUGGCCUGAACUAUUUCAAGACAUUGUCCGAUAAAGGUCUUCCAUGCCCAUUUCGCUGUGCGGUGCUGCUCGACUUUUGGCAAGAGCCGCUCCCAGCGUCAGUUCUGGACUUUUCUGUACAAGUGGACGUAGGGCUUGUCGUGUCAGGUGUCUGGGUGAAAAAUCCAAUUUGGAUCAGCGGUUGCGAGAAGGUGGCUGACAACGCCCUGCAACAUUGUGUCGCCAUGGUCCAUGUGCGGGGCACAUCGCACGAGUGGGUCACCGAAACACAGUUGCUACUGCCAUGUUGGGUCAUGCGCAGAACAGGCCUGAUGGGAAAGGGCCAUCACUAUCGUUGUGCUGAGAGCACAAUCCGUGCCGUAGAGUACAUCCUCGAAGCAUCACGGGACUCAGCUUCCCGCAGGGUACUCACUGAAAACCUGGGGCGAAUGGACCAGAAGAUUGUCCAAGACUUGACUCCUGACGUUUGGAGUUUCUAG